AUGGAUAUCUUCCUCACUCGACUCACACAGCAGGCGAUGAACUAUGCGAUUCGCUCUGGUAUAGCCAUAACGGCUACUUAUGCGAUGCGUCAAUCAUCGCGACUGCUCAAAAAUGUUGAUGGUGAAGAUCGUGCAGAGCUUUUGUCAUUACAGCAAAGACUGGAGACCAAGAUACAAGUCAUUUCCCCAGCAAUCGACAUGAUUGAGCUUAUUGCCGCUCGAGGAAACACGUCUCUUGAGUCUGCCGUGGCUCUCACAAAAUCUCUGAGGUGGGAUAUCCAAGCACUCGGCCAGCGACUGGCACGGGCUGCUUCGUCUGGAGAGUCUUCACGGAAAAGCUCUAGGUCCCCAAAAAAUCGGGAGGAUGUUGAUGCCGAAAUCAAAUUCAUUAUCAAGGAUAUCGAAAACUUGUUGACUCGGAUUGAAGACGCCGUACCCCUUAUGAACUUGGCCAUCACCACCUCGGGGGCGAAGCUAUCCACUAAUCUCCCCUCAACCGUAUCGCCAUCCCGCCUACUUCAAGCUAGCACUUUCCUGACUGCUGGAGAUACACAAUACUCCAUGUCACAGUCUCAGGCGGUUCAAAUUGGACCCACGUUUACGCUUUCAAUGUAUAUGCUCUUUUCCGGUCAUGUGCGCCCACAUGAUGAGGACUCAGUUCGUUCAGCAACCUGGAAAGAAGUUAUGCACAAGGCCCGUUUGAAAGUGCGACGCGUGCCAAUGAGUUUAUACCAAUCGGGCGACGAAGCAAGAGCACCACAGUUUGAAGCGCAAGCAGGCGCUGACGAAUACGCAUAUCAAGUUAUGAUAAUUGAAGACUUGGACGAUGGACGAGUCCAUACCUUUGAAGAUGACGAGCCUCAGCCGCAUAGCUAUGAAGGCAUUACCACCGCCGGUAUUCGCGAAAUCCUACCCAUCCAUCAGAUCUCCAAGAUCUUCUACGCAGACACAGGUCGGAUUCUUAACAUCAAUACCGAAGGAGAGACAAACAAUCCAGUCCUCUUGUUGAAAAGAGACACGAAUGCCUUGCCCCCGCGCCGCAUGAUGCAGAGUGGAGAGACUGAAGAUCAGUAUGCCUCUGAAGAAUCCGAGGACUCGUCGGAUGAAGCUCAAGAACAACUCGACGCUCAAUUACAUGGAACAAACCCCUCCGUGCAUCAGAGUUUUGACUCCCUUCACGAGGACUCCAUCCCGGCAGAAUGGCGCCUACCAUCAGGCCUUGAUCCGGAAUGGGUCGCAUUCGAAGUCUUCAAUGAAGACGAAGACUCCGACACAGAAUCUGAAGCAGAUAACACCCCACGCACGCCAACAGCACCUUGCUCAAUCGACCCAAGCAUGCUGGCCAAACUUUCUAUCAAGGACAAGAGAUCGUCCUCAUCGCCAUCUCCGUCCCGCUACAACAAUAUCACACAACCCACACCGACUACAACAACAGUCUCAAACCCUCUCUUUGAAAACAUCCGCACAUCUCUGUCUCUCCUCGAGACCCUCCUCCGCUUAACCUCCCUCCAACAGUUCCAGCAACAAUCCCACCUUUCUAUCAGUGACGAACUCCUUAACUUUUUCCUCGAAGAAUCUUCAACGACUGGCGCCGGUGGAGAUGAGCAACAUCGCCAGCGGCUCCGCUCCGAGGCCCGCCGCCGUGUGGGUUGGGAUCCCUACGAUGAAAGUCCCGUUAAACAUCGCGGCGAAGACUAUCAAUAUGGGAGUCCCUCUGCUUAUCACCGCGAGGGAGACGAAAUCUACACUCCUGGCGGCACGUCGCAAGGCUUUCAGCUUCGUUCUAGAGAGAAUACACCAGAGAGUUCUUCACAGCGACGCGGCUCGCCUUCUACCCGUUACGAUCGGACACGGCCCAGUGGGCUGAGGGGGAUGACGCCAGCCUAUGCGAGUGGGGGUGACUCUGCGCAGAGCUCACCGCUAGCCAGAAAGACCGGUGGGGUGCGAGAUGGAGGCGCUGGGCCUAGGACGACAGAGUAG